GAUGGCACCCAUUUAUUACCAACACUUCACCAUCCUAUUCCUCUGCCACCAAAACUCUUUCUUUCUUUCGUUACAAACAAAACGAAAGCAUAUAUGAGUUGAGUUCUCUUCUUCUGCUACCAAUACCGCAGUGUAUAGCUAGCUAGGUACAGAACAGAAACGAAUACUCCAAUGGGUGGUAGUGGUGUUAGAUGGGGUCAAGACUCAUCUUCAUCCAUGAAGCUCUUGUGGUUCAUGGUGCCACUUGUACUCGUUGCAGGCCUUAUUUCUAUAUUUGGUCCUAACCCUGCUACUUGGCUUUUCUUUGCAAAUCCACCUCUCUUAUUCAACUCUGUUACUUCCUCUUCUUCAACUACCCCGUCUGAGGUGAUGCAGAGAGAAGGCUUGGUGGUGGUGGCCGUGGAUGCUCACGGUGGCGAGAGAGUUAUCUCCGAUGACACUGACUUCAAUCACUCCUCCACUCCUCCAUUUUCUGUUCAGGCCAUACCAACACCUCAACAACAUAACAAGGAUGAACAAAAUAUUUCCCUAAUUUUGCCCAAUUUGACUCCCGUGAACGAGUCAUAUGUUCCUCCACCAGAGAGGCCAAAGCUGCAAAGAAAAUUCAGCAUCUUAGAUAGAACCGAAGCUGGUCUAUUACAAGCACGAGCUGCAAUUAGAAAAGCAAGAAACGAAAAUCAAACACAAGAUAAAGACUAUGUUCCGGUUGGACCAAUGUAUAACAAUGCUAAUGCAUUUCACAGGAGUUACUUAGAAAUGGAGAAACAGUUCAAAGUAUUUGUCUACGAAGAAGGGGAGCCUCCAGUUUUCCACAAUGGACCAUGCAAAAGCAUAUACUCAAUGGAGGGAAAUUUCAUCCAUGCUAUUGAGAUGAAUGAGCAAUUCCGAACAAGGGAUCCCGAGAAAGCACAUGUGUUUUUCUUACCUUUUAGUGUAGCAAUGUUGGUCCAAUUUGUGUACGUACGUGACUCUCAUGACUUCGGCCCCAUAAAAAAAACUGUCACGGACUAUGUCAACGUCAUUGCAGGAAAAUAUCCCUAUUGGAACCGAAGCCUUGGUGCUGAUCAUUUCUACAUUGCAUGCCAUGAUUGGGGGCCAGAGACUUCACGUUCCGUUCCUAACUUGCAAAACAAUUCGAUCCGUGUGCUGUGUAAUGCUAACACCUCUGAGGGAUUCAAGCCUUCAAAGGAUGUCUCUUUCCCAGAAAUCAAUCUCCAAACGGGUUCAAUAAACGGUUUCAUUGGUGGGCCGUCUGCGUCUAGACGUUCACUUUUGGCCUUCUUUGCUGGUGGGCUUCACGGCCCAAUUAGGCCCGUUCUUCUUGAACACUGGGAAAACAAGGACCAAGACAUGCGGGUUCACAAGUACCUCCCGAAGGGUGUGUCCUACUACGAUAUGCUGAGGAAGAGCAAGUUCUGUCUUUGUCCUAGUGGGUACGAGGUGGCGAGUCCCAGAGUUGUCGAGGCAAUAUACACAGGGUGCGUCCCAGUGCUCAUUUCGGACCAUUAUGUCCCUCCGUUCAGUGAUGUUUUGAAUUGGAAGUCCUUUUCCGUUGAGGUUUCGGUGGAGGACAUUCCCAAAUUGAAGGACAUUCUCUUGAGUAUUUCUCCGAGGCAGUAUAUAAGAAUGCACAGGAGAGUGGUGCAAAUUAGGAGGCACUUCGAGGUGCAUUCUCCUCCCAAGAGAUACGAUGUGUUCCAUAUGAUCCUUCAUUCUGUUUGGCUUAGAAGAUUGAACUUUAGAGUCCAUGAUGAUCAAUAACUCCUACGCUGAUUAACAAAUUAGUUUCUGAUUCGCAAUGUAAGAUGGUGUGAAAUGUGAAUGUGUGAUUCUUUUCCUGUAUUCUGUAAAAUUGUCAGAAGUAAAAAUAAAAUAUGUUUUUUCA